AGGAUAUUGAGCUGAAAGUGGAUCUUGACAAAUCAAUCUGGACCCUGACAGUUCAUCUCUUGGUGGAAAAGGUUGGACUGCUCUAAGACUACACCAUGAGGCCGGUAAACGACUUGAUCCCCCCUUACUUUUUUCUUCUGUGGUUCUCUAGCACCAAUGCAGCUAGCUCCCCAUUCCCGAGCUUCACAGUGUCCGACACCUCUCUGACUCAUCUCGCCGUGCACAAAUACACAGGGGACGUUUAUAUCGGUGCGGUGAACAGAGUCUAUAAGUUAUCGGAGAACCUUACAGAGUUGCGCUCCCACCUGACUGGUCCCAUAGAUGAUAAUGCCAGCUGUUACCCCCCGCCCUCUGUGCGUGUCUGCACGCACAAGCUCUUCCCUUCAGAUAACGUUAAUAGACUUUUGUUGAUUGACUACACUGGGAACCGUUUGGUGGCUUGCGGUAGUGUAUGGCAAGGCAUAUGUCAGUUCUUGAGACUGGACAAUCUAUUCAAAUUGGGUGAGCCCCACCACCGCAAAGAACAUUACUUAUCUGGAGCACGAGAGCCAGACUCCAUGACAGGGGUGAUUGUGCCGCAAGAUGGUGAGCAGAGUAAACUCUUCAUUGGCACCUCCAUUGACGGCAAGUCGGAGUACUUUCCUACGCUUUCAAGUCGCAAGCUGGUGAGAAAUGAGGAGAAUGAAGAGAUGUUCCGUUUGGUGUACCAAGAUGAAUUUGUCUCUUCUCAGAUCAAGGUCCCUUCGGAUACUCUUUCCCAGCACCCUUCAUUUGAUAUAUACUAUGUCUACAGCUUCGUCAGUGGCGGGUUUGUUUAUUUCUUGACGCUCCAGCUAGACACCCAACAGACAGUAAACGAUGCCACCGGGGAGAAGUUCUUUACGUCUAAAAUUGUGCGAAUGUGUUCAGCAGAUCCCGAAUUCUACUCUUAUGUUGAGUUCCCCAUUGGUUGCACCAAGGAUGGAGUGGAGUACAGGCUUAUUCAGAGUGCCUACCUUAAUCGUCCUGGGCGUAAGCUGGCACAGGAGCUGGGCAUACCAGAAGAUGAAGAUGUUCUGUUCACUGUUUUCUCUCAGGGGCAGAAGAAUAGGUCCAACCCUCCUCGAGAGUCCGUUCUGUGCCUCUUCACCCUCAGCCAGAUCAACAAACGCAUCAAGGAAAGGAUACAGUCUUGCUACCGUGGAGAAGGGAAGCUAUCGCUGCCUUGGUUACUUAAUAAGGAGCUCAACUGUAUCAGCACGCCUAUCCAUAUUAAUGAAUUAUUCUGCGGCCUGGCUCUGAAUCAGCCCAUUGGUGGCCUGAAGGUGAUUGAGGGCCUCCCCCUGUUUGAAGAGAAGACCGAUGGCAUGGCUAGUGUGGCGGCUUACAGUUACGAUGGGUAUUCCGUGGUCUUUGUGGGCACGCGGGCUGGAACAUUGAAAAAGGUGGGUUCUGAUUCCAAGAUCUCAACAUCUCAUUAUGCCGUACUGUAUGACACUGCCGUGGUUGUGCCGGGAAAGCCAAUACUGCGGGAUAUGAUAUUUAGUCCAGACUGGCAGUCUGUGUACAUACUAAGUGAGAAACAGGUCAGCCGAGUUCCUGUAGAGAGCUGCCAGAGAUACAACACAUGUGCUGCCUGCCUGGGGUCUGGGGACCCUCACUGUGGAUGGUGUGUGCUUCAUAGCAGGUGCUGUAGAGAGAGCGAAUGUGAGCGGGCGACAGAACCUCAUCGUUUUACGAGCGAUCUUAGCCAGUGCGUGCGCCUGGAGGUGACUCCUAACAACGCCUCUGUCAGUGUACCUGAACUGCUGCUUAACCUGUCUGUGCACAAUGUCCCUGAUCUCUCUUCUGGUGUUACCUGUGUGUUCGGGGACAUGGCGGAAAGUGAGGCCAUUCUGGUGGAUGAAACUAUUCAGUGCUCCUCCCCCUCGCUGCGUGACAUUCCUGGAAUCACAGGAGGGCAGGGAGCUCUGCACACAGUCCAGCUACACCUGAAGUCCAAGGAGACAGGUCUGAGGUUUGCCAGCACCGACUUUGUCUUCUACAACUGCAGCGUCCUUCAGUCGUGUCUUUCUUGCGUGGUUAGUCCUUAUGCGUGCCACUGGUGUAAAUACCGUCAUAUUUGUACACACAAUGCCGAAGAGUGCUUCUUCCUGGAGGGACGCGUGAACAGCACUGAUGGCUGUCCGGAGAUUAUUCCUACCGGCGAAAUCCUGAUACCGGUUGGUGUGGUGCAGCCAAUCACUCUGAAAGCCAAGAACCUCCCCCAGCCUCAGUCCGGCCAGAAAAACUACGAGUGCGUGUUCAACAUCGAGGGGAAAAUUCAGCGGGUUCCUGCCGUGAGGUUUAACAGCAGCAGCGUGCAGUGUCAGAACACUUCGUACACAUAUGAAGGUAAUGACUCCGGCGACAUGAAGGUGGACUUCUCCAUUGUCUGGGAUGGACAUUUUUUCAUCGAUAAACCUGCAUCCUUCCAAGCUUUGCUAUAUAAAUGCCCGGCACAACGCGAUAGCUGCGGCCUCUGUCUGAAGGCGGAUUCUCGCUUUGAGUGUGGCUGGUGUGUGUCUGAAGGAAAAUGCCUCCUUAGGCAGUAUUGCCCUAAUCCGAAAACCAACUGGAUGCAUCUUAGUAAAAGGAACACACGAUGUACCAGCCCCCAGAUCUAUGAGAUCCAUCCCCUCACUGGUCCAAGAGAAGGUGGAACCAGAGUGACCAUUACUGGAGCUAACUUGGGUCUGUUCUUCAGAGAAGUGUGGGUACAGGUUGCUGGGGUACAGUGCUCAUCGGUUCCCUCGCAGUACAUCAGUGCAGAGAGGAUUGUGUGUGAAAUGGAGGAAUCUCUGGUUCCUAACCCUGCCCCUGGUGUAGUGGAGCUUUGUAUAGGAGACUGCAGCGCCGAGUAUAGAACCCAGUCUGAUCAGCUUUACACGUUUGUGACUCCUACUUUUCAUGAAGUCCGCCCCAGGCAGGGUCCAGCAUCAGGUGGCACUCGACUCACUAUUAGUGGCAAAAACCUGGAUGCUGGUAGCUCAGUGUCCGUACUGAUUAGAGAUUCGGAAUGCCGCUUUGUCAAGAGAAACAUGCGUGAAAUUGUAUGCAUAUCACCAGCAUCAUCACAGGGCCCCAGUACAGCCACCAUCACUCUGCGAAUUGAUCGGGCCAGUGUGUGGAACCAAGAUGUAAUUUUUACUUACACUGAGGACCCCACUAUUUCUCGACUGGAGCCAGCUUGGAGUAUUUUCAAUGGCAGCACAGCAGUCACGGUGACCGGGACCCACCUAAUGACCAUUCAGGAGCCACAAAUUCGGUCCAAGUAUGCUGGCAUAGAGACCAUAAAUACGUGCCACAUCAUUAACGACACAUUGAUGAUCUGCAAGGCUCCAGGGAUCUACCCCUCUAAUGGGGAAGCUGUUCCAGAUGAUGGUGUUCAGCCAGAUGAGUUUGGUUUUGUAUUGGACAAUGUGACAAGCCUGCGCACCUUGAACUUCACCACGUUUACCUAUUACCCCAACCCUGUGGUAGAGCCCUUUGGGCCCGGUGGCACCCUGGAGAUAAAGCCGGGCUCACACGUCAUUCUCAAGGGAAGAAAUUUGCAGCCUGCUGCCCCUGGAGGAGCAAAGUUGAACUACACGGUUCUGAUCGGGGAUGAAGCGUGUGCGCUUACCGUGUCUGAUACUCAGCUGCUGUGCGAUUCUCCCAGCCAGACGGGAGAACACCGCGUGACUAUUCAUGUUGGAGGGAUGGAAUUCUCCCCAGGAAGUCUCCGGAUCUACUCUGACAGCUCCCUCACCCUGCCAGCCAUAGUGGGGAUCGGCGCAGGGGGUGGAUUGCUACUGCUUGCUAUCAUUGCCGUCCUCAUUGCCUAUAAGAGGAAAACACGGGAUGCCGACCGCACCUUGAAACGCCUCCAAAUGCAGAUGGAUAAUCUGGAGUCUCGGGUUGCCCUGGAGUGUAAAGAAGCCUUUGCUGAGCUCCAGACAGACAUUAACGAGCUGACCAACAAUAUGGAUGGCGUGAAGAUCCCAUUCCUGGAUUAUAAGACAUAUGCAAUGCGUGUGCUGUUUCCUGGAAUUGAAGAUCACCCUGUGCUAAAAGAACUAGAUAUGCCUCCGAAUGUGGAGAAAGCUCUGAGACUGUUCGGACAGCUUCUAAACAACAAAACAUUCUUAUUGACUUUUAUUCAUACGCUGGAAAACCAACGUAGUUUCUCCAUGCGGGACCGCGGUAAUGUGGCCUCCCUUACCAUGGUGUCGCUACAAGGACGCAUGGAAUAUGCAACAGUCGUCUUGAAACAGCUGCUGAGUGACCUGAUUGAGAAGAACCUAGAGAGCAAGAACCAUCCUAAAUUACUGUUACGCAGGACGGAGUCAGUAGCUGAGAAGAUGUUGACAAACUGGUUCACUUUUCUACUGUAUAAGUUUUUGAAGGAAUGUGCUGGAGAGCCGCUCUUUAUGCUCUUCUGUGCAAUAAAGCAGCAGAUGGAGAAAGGCCCUAUUGAUGCCAUCACUGGGGAAGCCCGCUACUCACUAAGUGAGGACAAACUUAUCCGUCAACAGAUCGACUACAAAGUUCUGAAUGCAGCCAACCACCUAGGUCUUUCACCAUGGCCCAUUUGUUACUGGUUCUCCUUAACUGUUUAUUCUUCACCACAGACUCUGAGUUGCAUCUGCCCAGACAGUGAGAAUGGCACAGAGAUCCCUGUUAAGGUUCUCAACUGUGAUACGAUUACCCAGGUGAAGGACAAGCUGCUAGAUGCUGUAUACAAAGGGAUUCCCUAUACACAGAGGCCGAAAGCGGAGGAUAUGGACUUAGAGUGGCGCCAGGGCCGCAUCACCCGCAUUGUGCUACAGGAUGAGGAUGUCACCACCAAAAUUGAGUGCGACUGGAAGAGGCUGAACACACUGGCACAUUACCAGGUUACAGAUGGCUCCACUGUGGCUCUCAUUCCCAAGCAGGUAUCGGCCUACAACAUCACCAACUCCUUCACUUUCACACGCUCUCUCAGCCGCUAUGAGAGUCUUCUACGUACAUCCAGCAGCCCAGACAGCUUGCGAUCGCGAGCUCCCAUGAUUACCCCUGACCAGGAAACUGGCACUAAACUCUGGCAUCUGGUGAAGAAUCACGACCAUACGGACCAUAAGGAGGGUGACCGUGGCAGCAAAAUGGUGUCAGAGAUUUAUCUCACUAGGUUAUUGGCCACAAAGGGUACACUGCAGAAGUUUGUGGAUGACCUGUUUGAGACUGUGUUCAGCACAGCCCACCGGGGCAGCGCCUUGCCUCUUGCCAUCAAAUACAUGUUCGACUAUUUAGAUGAGCAAGCUGAUAAAAGGCAGAUAUCGGAUCCAGAUGUCCGACACACGUGGAAAAGUAACUGUUUGCCUCUCCGCUUCUGGGUCAACGUGAUCAAAAACCCGCAAUUUGUCUUUGACAUUCACAAGAACAGCAUCACAGACGCCUGCCUCUCAGUAGUGGCUCAGACAUUCAUGGACUCUUGUUCCACCUCUGAGCACCGACUUGGAAAGGACUCGCCAAGUAACAAACUGCUGUAUGCCAAGGACAUCCCUAACUACAAGACCUGGGUAGAGAGAUAUUACAGAGACAUCAACAAAAUGCCUACAAUCAGCGACCAGGACAUGGACGCGUAUCUUGUGGAGCAGUCUCGCCUCCAUGCAAAUGAAUUCAACUCACUCAGCGCUCUCAGCGAGCUCUUCUUCUAUGUCAACAAAUAUCGGGAGGAGAUCCUCACUGCUUUGGAUCGAGAUUCCUAUUGCCGGAAACAUAAACUGCGCCAGAAGAUGGAACAAGUCAUUAACAUGGUCUCAAGUAAUAGCUGAACCUUGUGAACCCCUUCUCUGUCCCUUAUCCCCUCAACCUCAACUCCCCAGGACCCCAAGAUGAGCCAGAAACUGAUAGGUAGUGGCCCACUUGGAGGCCAACGACUAGAAGGGUGACGGGCAAUGUGCAAAGCGAUGGCACUGCCACAGAGACUCCACAGAGCCACCGACGGGACCUGUGUGACCAGCGCCUGAAUCCUUUACCCGAGUUAGCAGCCGAUCUUCACCAGCCAUGGCACAGUGUGCCCCAUGGCAUGCCCACUCCUCAUUCUUCUUCUAUGACGGUGUGACAAGGUGCCCGUGUUCCAGUGCCUUGUGCUUGGGAGAGCAGAGCCUUGACUGCACACCUUUGGUGUAAUAUUUUGCUGACCAUUAGGCGGGGUCGGUGUGCACACCAUUCACUCUCUCUGCAUAACUUCUCGAGGGGGUCCGCGUCCUCACCCACCUUCUCGCCCCUCUCGUCACUAGACUGCCUGGACUCUCUGGCCAAUCAGGAGCUUGCACACAGUGAGGACGUCGAUGUUUUGGUAUCAUGAAGCCAUAUGACUCAGAGGGACACCUUCCCCACCCCCCUUCCCAAUGUUUGUUACCCACUAAUAAUCUCAGUGCACUAUUGUUCCCCAAAUCUCCUUGCUGCUCCUCUCCUGUGUUUUCAGUGCACCCCCAAGACUUUGUGGAGAGACGAUGGAGUUAUUUCAUAUCUGUGACGUGAAAAUCGAGGGGUUCCCCAGAUUUUAGGUAUCGUAGGUAGGCGGGGACUCCCUUUAUGUUAAUGAGAUUUUGUGCCAUGCGGUAUCAGUGGUGUUUUUAUUUUCUCUGGGAAGGUGGCAGAUGUGAGCGGGCGUGCAGUUUACCCUCACC